CUAAUGUUUCCACAGAUUCUCUCUUCUGUUUCCACGAGUCCUCACACUUUGCCUAACACCACAGGGAAGUGCUGCUGGCCCCAAGGGUCCUGUGCUCAGGAGUUUAGGGACCGCUCACAGUCCUAACGCACCAGGCAAACACAGAGCUGUUAGGACUGCAGUUUGGAAAGUAAAAGGCUGUAGUAAAAUUCUCUGUACUAUCCUGGAGGCAGGGACAUUUUCUCUUUGCAUCUCAAGAAAUCAGCCUGUCCCAUGGUGGUUAUUCUGCAAAUGUAUAUUAAACUGGAUGUGAACUUCUAGAUACAAAUCUGAGCUCUUUUACCAGCUGUGCAAGGUACUUAACCUCUGCAAGCCCCAUGCUUUGUCAUUUGAAAAUAAUAAUUACAUCUUCUGCUUCAAAAUGAUCAUGGGAGGCAUGUGAUUCCUGCAGUUUCAUAGUGGGGGAAGCCUAUAAUUCAGGUGCAAACUCUCAUACAGAGCUCCAUGGGUCACCAACAAUACACAGUUACAGCUCUCCUGAAUGGCCCACUGAAGGGUUCAGGGUGCACUUCCCCCUCUUGUGUUUUGCAGAGGUUUCUGCUGCAUUUGAGGCUGGCACUUCAGUUACUUACAUGUUUCAAGAACCGUACCCGGUGACCAAGAAUGCAAGCCUCCCAUCCUCAGUGAUGUAUGCGGAUGCAGCUCUAUCCAAGGAAAACAUUGCAGUUAGCAUCGUGACAGCCCAGGUGCCCAGCCUCCUGCUUUACAUCAGUUCUUCUCAGGAUGCCCUGGCCGUCCUGCUCUGCGACAAUGGUGAAUGCCGACAGCAAGAAGCCCAGGCAUUUCAGGAGAAGGAAAAUGCCCCAGCCAGCCACGUCACACGGCUCGGCUCCAGGCUCUGCCCUCUGGGUUCGGACGCCUUGGGGAGGACCCGGCUGGGUGAACGCUAUGAACACUGAACAAAACUCUUGGCUUGAAAAUGGGUCUCAUAUGGGUCUCCAGGCCAGGGGAGAAGAGCAAUGUGAUUCCAAGUCAUGCCUCCAAGUCUCUCCCUGGCAGGGCUUUGAUUUGCCAGGUCCGCUAUUCUUUGCCCUUCAUUAUUUUUCAUGAAAUUUCUCCAAUUGGAGACUUACUCAGGUUAAGCUCCUCCUGUCUUUUCAAUGUUUUCAAAGGAAAAAUGAUCCCUUUUCCUAAAGGAAGAAAAGAGAUUUAAUUUCUGGGAUGGAAGAUGAGAGGCAGGAAGGCAUUUGGGGUCAGAGAGUCCUUGGGUAAGAGAAGGCCUGCAUUUCCAUGGCCUGGGGUGGUGUCUCAGAAGGGGGCUGGAGGGGCAGGGGCAUCUGGGGGAGCUGCUGAGAGCACCCCAAAGAAACACCUGACUUGUACAGCACUGUUGGGGGGUGGCUCUGCCUUCUCCACAGUACAGUGAGCUCUCAACAAUCUUGCCCUUUGCCACGUACUCAGAGCAUCCACCCUGUGUCAGGAAUACUUCCCGUCUGAGAGACAGAGAUAGACAGGAUCCUGCCCUGCCCCAAGCAUGUGGUCUGGGGAUAGACACAAGGUCACAAGUAGAUCCACAGCAGGUCAUAGACACUAGGAUAGGGUCUGUUCUAGGUGGAGAGAGGCAAAGAAACAAAUAGUAACCAGUUCCUUCUAGGAAGGAGGGUGCGGAAGGCUUCACAGAGCUGGUGACCCUGGAGUCAGGCCCCGAAAGAUGUCAGUAUUCUCCAGGCAGACAUUU